AUGAAAGCCUCACAUCCGAAGAAGGAGCCAGGAGCAGGGACUGUGACUGCCAUCUGCCCAUCGGAGUCUGGUCGGCAUCUUUUAGUGGGUUUUGAGUCGGGCCAUCUCGAGAUUUUUGAUAUGCAACUAGAAGCUAAUCCAAUCGACUCAAUGAGGUAG